AAUUGCACCGCAGGCGACUACUGCUGGAUCCUUAGUUGGUAGACAGUUUUUUCCCAGACCUCUAUACUGCGCAGUUUUUUGAUAGAUCGAGAUGAAGCGAGUUAUGGCUUUAGUUGGCGCUUUUCUGCUGGUGAGUGCUGUGCAGUGCGAUGAUAUGCCGUUUUGGAAUGAGAAGGUGGAAUGCGCUCAAAGCAUGGGAAUCAGUCCUGACCAAAUGACGUCCAUGUUGACGUCGAACGAUGCACAAAUGAAUUGCGUACAUGCCUGCGUGUUAGAAAAAAUAGGCGGAAUGGUUGACGGCAAAUUAAGUCUCGACAGCCUUAUGGAAUCUCUAGAGAAACUUAAAGCUGAAGUCAAGGAUUACGAUGCAACUAAGGCUGGUAUCCAUCAGUGCUUUGAUCAAGCCAGCGGUGAUAGAUGCGAAUCGGCCGGCAAAUUCGCUAUGUGCAUGCAGGAGCACAUGCAAGGUUAAUUCGCGCAUUUAACGCCGGAUUAUCCUUUAUAAUAUUUAUAAAUGAUCCAUUUGUACGCAUGUUCCAUGUAUAAUUAAAAAUAUAUGUAACGAUAAUAUAGCACCUUUAUAAGCAUUUA